AUGUCACCCAAACCUUUAACAACCCUCUACAAAGAAAUCAACAACACAGAAAUAACAACAGACAUAUACCUCCCCCCAUUUCCAUCCGGAAAACACUCAAUUAUGAUAAACAUCCAUGGCGGCGCAUUCAUGCUCAGCUACUCAGGAAUGGUCUCUAUGCCCCAAAUAACCGAUUGCCUAAACCGUGGCUGGAUCGUAGUCGUCCCCAACCACCGUCUCUGUCCGCAGGUGAAUAUCCUCGACGGUCCUGUGCAGGAUUGUCGUGAUUUGCUCAACUGGGUGUACGAGGGUGGUCUGGAGAGUUAUCUUUCCUCGACUGAGGGAGGGCGAGGGUAUGAGCUUGAUUUGGAGAGGGUGGUUGCGUUUGGGACUUCGAGUGGGGGCAUGCUGGCUUUGUGUUUGGGAUUCAACGUGCCCCGCCCCGUAAAGGCGAUUCUAUCCCUCUACGGCGCAGUGCAUUUCGCCCAUCCAUUCUGGAAGAAACCGCUCCCCCACGUCGCGCAGAAACUACCCCCCAACAUCCCAGAGUCCUUCCUGGAACAGAUCUACGCCGAAUAUCCGGUCCCGACAAACAGUUCGAUUUCUCUCGAGGGGCAGUCCGAGACGGGGACGUCGUCGGGUCCGAAUUUCAGUCGGCCCAGGGAUGCGUUUGCGUUUACGCAGAUUGCUAACGGGACUUUGUUGGAGAAGUGUUAUCCGGGUGGGGAUUUGGGGUUGAUUGAUCCUGUGUUGAAUGUGGAGGGGGAUUUUCCGCCGACGUAUAUCGUGCAUGGGUUGGCGGAUACGAUGGUGCCGAUUGAGUUGAGUCGGGUUUUGUUGAGGGUGUUGAGGGAGAAGGGGAUCGAGUGUGGGAUGACCGAGGUUCCUGGGGAGGAGCAUACCUUUGCAGCCAAGAUGGAGGUUGGGUCGAGGACUUGGGAGUUGCAGAGGAAGGGGUUCGACUUCUUAGAGGAGGUUAUUCGACGUGGUUAA